AUGGCGUUACCGGCCAAUGACAUUGGACGAUGCACAGAGGUAAAUCCAUUUCGAACGUUCCGAUGCGAUACUGCUCCCGGCAUGCCUAGUCUGUCCGACGCCACGGUCUAUUUGUCAAUAUACGGUAAAUUAUUAAAAUCAACACCACAGACGUCAAUUAUUAUCAUGAUUACUAUUAUUGUCGGGAGCGUUUCAUAUUUAAACAACCCCAGACGGGACCGGAACACAGGCAUCUACGAUCGUCACGUACUCAAUUACUACCCGGUAUCGUCAUAACACAAUAUCGUUCAUGCCAUUGGCGGCUUGAAAAUGUGCAAAUUCCUUAAAUGUGCUCAGAAAAUGUACAAGACCAUGCAAAUACGCCAUAAUAAUCCAAAAACUCUAUAGUAUGCAAAUAAAAUGUUAUAUGUGUAUAGAAUGAAACACAUUUCGGUAUAAACUAGCUGUUUUUUUGAACCGAUAAAAACAAAACAAAAAAAAAAAAAAACAAAAAUUCGCAUACAAAUAUAUACAAGCUCGGAUUAAGAUGAUUUUGGGCCUGGAGCCAAACAAUUUUAGGAGCUCAUAAACAUAAUCGAAAUAAUGGCGAAUCACAAAUAAAUAUAUUUCAGAGAUUGUGCAUUUGUAAUCGACGGUAUUCACAUUUUCUUACCGUCAUGAUCGUCCUGUUAAAAAUAGACGAUAAAACGAUAGCAUAAAUAAUAAAAAUGAUUUUAUAUCCAUUAUUCGUAAUAUAUUAUGAGAAACUUCUUGUGCGCCAAUGUCAGUGGCCCACAAUAUUACAGUAUCCAGGGACCUGAGGCCCGGGCCCCCUGUGGCCCCUCUCUUAAUCCUGGCCUGCAAAUGUACAAAAGCGUAUAUCUGAUGUAAGUACGAGUAAAAAUAUAGUUACGAAAAAAUGGUAUACGUAAACAAUAUAUCCGACCCAAAUAUCAGUAAUCGUUUUGAAAGUUAAAUAUUACAUUCAGUAAUUUUUCUCGUACAGUGAAACAUAUGGAACUCUUAUGGAACCAAUCAAUAUCACGCGUUUCAAACGGAACCAAUACCAAGAUUUUCAAAAUGCACGACAGUUACAAGUCGCCGGUAAACUAAGGGCAUUUCAUUGUGAUAAGAACAUUCGAAACGAGGUACCGUUUCAUUCGGCCGGUUUAACGAGGCACCACUGACGGUGUGGGCCGUUACUACUUAGUCAAAAGCCACAUAUAAAUCUGCGGACCGACGCAUUUUAUUCAACUUAUAAAACCGAUUUCACCACGCACCGGCCAAUUUGUAUCCGACCGUUUCGCACGUGGCGAGAACUAAUAAUAGACUCGAUCGAAAUCCCACUGGGAAAGGGCCGGAAUAUCGUGUCGUUUCGGUAAUACAAAUCUGCCCAAGGAACGCUCCAUGACGUUUAUUUUCCCGAUUUUUAUUUAUUGUUAUUUUCUUUUUAAUAAAAUAAACAUUUGUCUGAUAAACCCCCGCCCUUCGCUGUUAUUUACGAACACUGUAUUUUAAUCGUAAUCCGAUCGAUAACCUGAUCGGAAUAAAUUGUUAUGUAUUUUACCUGCUCGGAUAAAAACGAAAACAAUGUUUUUUUUUUUUCCUUAUUUGUUUAUGAUCGUAAUAAAAUAUUGUCUCGAAGCAUAGUAUUUUAAACGGAAAAGACCUUUUUCUUUUUUCCUUUGUGUUUGACCGUCAUAAUCGAGUUUGGCGAUUCCGGGUUACGAUUUGAAAAUAUUAUUUAACGAGGUAAAUGUAACAAAAUUAGAAACGUCGAAAGCGACGGCAAUGCCACGGAAACCCGUAUGUUGUUAUAGAGAGAGUCGGGCCGAGAUAAAAUGCAUUAUUAAAAAAAAAAAACGUACAUUUUCAAACGAAUUACUAGUAUACUUUUUCGAAAAGUCUUUCCUUUAUUGAUAAAAUUCGUAUGUGAAUGCAUUUAUAUGUGCUAGAUCAGUCAAACAAAAUUUCGCUGCAAAAUACUAUAUCCGGGACGGAUACUUGGCAUUUCUUGAUUAUUUUUUAACGUGUAAUUCAUGAGACAUAAUAAUAAUAAUAAUAAUAAUAAUAAUAAUAAUAUGCUGAUGUAUAGAAGUUUUCGGAAUGACAUGCAUUAUGUAGUUGGGUACUCUCGUUACAAGUCUUUGAAUAUUUUGGACAUCACAAGACUGCUGCAGCAGCCAAGAAAGUUAUUUCUAAACUUUUUAGCAUAUAUACGUAGAGUAACGGUUAUAUACAGCGGUGUAUAGAGUCUCGAGUCAAAAACGUAUAACAAGUUUGUGCAGAAACUAUAUCAAUAUGGCGGAAUAUAAAGCGCAUAACACUUGUGCUGUUGUUCGAUGCAAAGUGACGAUUUUAUUUCGUUUUUGUUUACUACAAAGUCGUUUUUUUUUUUUCUUUUUUGUUGUUGUUCUAUCAUCGCGCGUCAUGAACCAUUCUGAACCCCGUGAUUAUAAUUCGAAAUCGAUAUGCGCGUGGUAAACGAGAUGUCACGGAAACUGUUUGAAUUCAUACGCGAAAUAUGUCUGUUUAAAUCGAAAUUUCGUUUUUCGAACUAUCGUGUAGGGCGGAUUACUCGGUCUAUUUGCUAGAACGGUAAUAAAAAAAAAAAACCUCCGGGGCUCUACUGAUGGCGUUUAAAAAAAACAAAAACAAAUCCGCCCAUAGUAUGAAAAAUUAACCGAACCGCGCGUUUUGCGGUCCGAAUGGUAUCACGUCGGGCACAAAACAACAGUCGACCUUUUACCAAAAUAGGUACCUAAUAAUAUUAGCGCGGAAACUUUUCGACUACGUACACGUAAACGGUCGCGCGGGCACUCACGUAAACGACGCGUGUCGGAAUUCGGUGGGUUUUCGUUGUUUAUCAAACGAUGGCGGGUUUCGGAAAUCGAAUAAUCGUCGGAAUCUAAUAGGUACGAAACAACUGUAACAUUUAUUUCGCGUACCUCCACUAUAACAACGACGGCCAUUGUAAAACGGUAAUCUAAAAUGUUAUUUUCGCGACGUAGCAUUAUUUAGGACGAUCAUUCCGGGUUUUUUAAGUGAAUAUUGGUUUACGUUGUAUAUCGUUUGAAAAUGAAUAUUUUAGAAACGCCGUUUCUGAUUUUUCCCAAACUUCGUAUUAUAAUUUUAAUUUGUGAAAAAAUACGUUUUAUUUUAAAGAAAAAAAGCCUCUUCUAGUCCUCCCUAUUAAACAUUAUUUCGAAAAAAAAAGAAUAUUUGUCUAAAAACGUCGAUGCGCAUAACAAUAGUAUCGGAUUGACCAUUUAUGUGUUGUGGAUACGAGUUUAAAAUAUAGGCCGAACGGGCAGAGAACGGAAAUUAAUUGCAUAUUCAGUUUAGAUUCUGAGCGGAGCGAGGAAUGUAUUAGUUUUGCCAAGGAAUUUAUUGGUUUUACAAUGAUUAUUUUUUUUUUAUCUGUAAACAACUUUUCUAUUAGAAAUUUUGGCUCCAAUUUUUAAUGGGAACGCUUUUUCCGAAUGGAAAUCUGACUUAGGUGCUACUUUCGAAAAGUUAUUUUAUUGAUUUUUCUCGGAGUUAUCCUAAUAAAUGGAAAAAAACGUAGUAAAAAUCGGGAAAAAACGGAAAAAUAGUUAUAAUAUUGAACAAAUGUUAUCAAAGAAAGUAAAUAAUGCAUAUGCAAUUGUUCUACCAUUGUAUGACAUAUAUAUUGUUGACAAAGCAUAACUAUUGACCGAACUUCACUCGGAAUCGUUUUUCGUUAGAAGUGAUUAAUUAAUAUUAUUAUUAUUAUUAUUGUAUAUUACAAUACAAUUUUUCCGGCGUAGAUAAUAAUCAGAAUCCAAUAUUGGCAUAUUUACGUGCGAUGUAUGUGGGUCUUUUUAAAUCAUAAAUUUGCAAUCCUUUCCUAUAUAUCGAGUCGGUCUAAGCCUUGAAUCGUUAUAAAUUAUAAAUGGUAAACUCGAUACAAGUCGUAUGCAUAUUAAAACGUGCAGAAACAUAUUCUCUAUGCAAAUCUGGGUUUAAACCGGAUAAUUCCGGUUUGAAAUUAAAAAGUGUACGCCUAUAAUGUGCAAUAUGAAGUAGGGAUAAAACAAUUGGAAAUAAUGUUAAACCAAUGCGAUUUCGCAUUAUUCCGAAAAAAAAAAAAAAAGAAUCGAAUCUAGGUACAUCCAAUAGAUCGUUAUAAAUGUAUGUGUUACAUGAUACGGAAUUCCGCAUACAUCAUAAAUGGACAAUAUCGUGUAUUAUAAUUCAUUUAUAUAUUAAAUGUAAUGAAAAUCCGUAAAGGUUUUCUUUUUCUUUUUAAACUGAUAGCUACUAUUGUGUUUUAGUCAUCGUUUUCGUAUUUUUUGUUUGAUUUUUUUCGAAAUAAUAAUAAGUUUAAAAAAAAAAAAAUAUAGCAAUAUACCAAUUCACCCUUUUGAUUUCAUUACAGGCAGCAAAGAAAAACCGAUUACAGAAACGUUGAAACUGUACAAAUUGGACGUGCCCAAGUGGGCGGACAUGAGGAGUUCAGUGACGCUCACCUGCCAGUACGAAUUGGGCAGCUUCACCCUGUACUCGGUCAAAUGGUACAAGGACGAUAACGAGUUUUUCCGAUACUCACCCGAACUCGAGCCCCCGAUGAAAGUGUUCGUUUUGGAUGGAAUAAGUGUAAACGUGAGUGUCAGGUCUUUUAUGUACGAUCGUUGUUUUUUUUUUUUUUUUUUUUAUUCGAGUAAAAUAAUAUUAUAGUACGUGGUUUAAAAUGAAAUCGGGAAAAAAAUGACGGUCAAACUCUCGGAUAGACCCAGGGCAACGCGGAUUUGUUGUUAUAUGUUUUUGUACGCGAAACGAUGUAAGACCUUGACUAUAACUCAUGACUUGCGAAGAUCGAGGACAAAUGUAGAAACGUCGGGGGGACAAAAAUGGUGUCUUGACAAUUUUAAAAUCAUCCGAUUCUUUCUCCCCGAACCUAAUAGGCCGAUAUUAAAAUGAUAUAUACAAUAGAAUUAUUCUCGUAUCAUUUUUUCCCUCCAAAAAAAAAAAUAAAGUAUACAAUCCCCGGCUUAUUUUUUAAAUAUGGUGUAGACAUUUUAGCGAAAGCAGCCUUACCAUUGGAUGUCAUAACACCUGUAAUGUCGUUUCAAGAACUAUAUUUCGCGCGGCAACUUUUCUCGCGUCAUAAAAUAUUUACGGUUGUAUAACCAAAAUUUCACAACGCAUAAAGAAGAACUUUAUUUGUAUCAUGACUUCAAUUUUUCCUAACCUAUAUUGUUGACUUGUUUGUAAAAUGUUGGCUUUUUAUUUAUUUAUUAAAAAAUAUUGAAUAAUAAAAUCGAAAAAAUUAUCACGAAACAUCACAGGUAAUAUUAUUAUCAACGUGUUCUGACAUUUUGGUAGCCUUACUAUAAAUACGGUAAGAGUAAAGUUUUUUUCGUGUACAAUAGUUUUCGAAUAAAAAUUAGUUUAUUCCAUGGACACAAAAUAAAUUAUUAUCGUGAUAAUAACAAGACGUUCCACACUCUUAAACACAUUUAAAAGUAAAUUUGUACAUUUUUGAGUAAGUUUACAUUUUCACUGUCGCCAAAAUUUAAAAACAUAAAAUUACCUCUGUAGCCGAUCUCUUAAAUAUAGGGUGUGUGACAUCUUCUUAAAGGUCAAAACUAUAAAUGAAAACCAUUCCUCAAUUAUCAAUCCGAUAUGCUUUAGUGGUCAGCAAAGUAAAGAAGCCGUAGUGAUCAGUGUUGGUACUUAUCAGGAUAAAUUUAUCUAGAUUGAUAUUUUAGUCAUCUUUUAUCUCAUCUAGUUAAAUAAAUCCAAGUUUCUAAGUACUAAUCUGAGAUAAAAUUUUAACUAAUCUAGAUAAUUUUCAGAAAACAAUCAACCCUCAAAGUUUUAAAAUUGAGAUUUAGGUUAACUGGGCAAAAAAAUUUCAGAUUUCGCAUUUUGCUAAAAACAACCAUAGGUACCUCUAUUGGGACGUAAUGCUAUCUAUUAAUGUUAAAAACGUAUUAAACGAAUGUACUUAAUUAUUUUACUCUAAAAUGACAUAAAUAUUGUUGACCAAGCAUCAUUAUCAAUUCAACUCCCUCUUAGUAUCGUUUUUCAUUAGCAAUGGUUAAUCGUUGCUAACAGAUAUACAUUAAAAUACUUAUAACAGUGGCUGCACCCGUCCCCGUUAUCCAAUGACGUCUUUUUUUUUUUUGAAAUUAAUUAUUUUAACUACCUAUAUAUUAUAUUAUAAUUAUUAACUUAUAAUUAAAUAAUCAUAAUUUAUGUAUGAAUUGUUUUUUGACACCUACCUUGGAUAUUUCGACUAAUUCUUUAACCACAAAAAAAAAAAUAAAUAAAUAAAUAAAACUUCAGAUAAUAUUAAAUAUAAACAAUAGUAAUAUUUUUUUAAAAUAAUCUAUUUUUUUUUAUCUAGAUGAAAUUGUAAUUGUCUUUUAUCUUUAUCUAGAUAUUUGUUUGCAUUCUCUAUUCCCAACACUUCCCGUAACAUUUCUCGUCUCCGUUUUUCUAACAAAUAUUAAAGAUUAAAAAUAUGCUAAUUAAAAUAAAAAAAAAAAAUGCCUUUAAAAUCAGUUUAAGGGAUAAAACACCAAUUAUCACAUUAGUAGACUACAAAGUUUUGAAGACCCUGUUAGAAUGGCGUUUUAUAACUUUUUAAAUAUUCUACUAUUUUUUUUUUACUAAACGAAAAAUGAUAUUUUAAAUAUUUUUUUUUUAAAUUAUUAAAACUUGAAUGUUAUAAUAAUUAUUAUUAUUUCCAAAAAAAAAAACAAAAAGUUUACCGUGAAUUUCAUUAAAAAUGUUGUCAGCUAUACAUUUUAAAUUAGGUUUCUAUCUCUAAAAACUAUAUCAAACCUUUGGGUUUGUUUUACGCAAUAAAAUUGUUACUAGAUUGAUCGUUAGGAAGAAAGUGACGGCAAAUGUCACAGUGACGGCCUCUGCCUUCUUCCUUAAAUUACCGUUAUACUGAUUAACAGUGCGGACCUAUGUAGACUAUGGUCUUUUUAGCGUUUCGAAUACGAAAUGUCUUGCUUUUUUUUCUCACCUAUGUCAUCGUUAUUGUUUUUCAGAUGAAUAAAUCGUCGUCUACACAAGUGACUUUAUACCCACUAAGCCGGAAGAGUGAGGGUAAUUACAAGUGUGAAGUUUCAGUUGACGCCUCGAACUUCCCGACCGUCGUUGAAGACGCCAACAUGACGAUUAUCGGUAAGCGGACAUUUUAGAUUCUGAACGCAAUAAGAAAUAUAUUUAAUUUAAUACGAUGCUUGAUUUGUUUUAACUUUUUUUUACACCGCUUUUCUACCAAUAACAUUGAUUUGGUCAUCAGAUGUAGAAUAUUUUCUUAAAGAAAUUUAAGGAGGUUUCUUAAUAUUUAAGAAAAUCCGGGAAUUUUUUUUAAGAGGACAAUUUACGGUUUCUGUUAUUUUUGAUUUUCUUUUUCUUUUCAGUUUAAAAAUUAUUCAAUAUUUGUACACGCGUUUUAGAUCAAAUUUUCACGAAAAUCGUAGAAAUCACGGCAUUUCAAAAAAAAUUUUAAGCGAACUUCGUUUUGAAUUUAAAAGUUGGCAAUGAUUUAUUGUCGGGCGCAGAUAUAUAACUCUUUAUGUAUCCUAACAUUUCAUUUUCUUUCAUUCUGGUCAGUCUUGUACCCGAAUUAUAUUAUUCCGGAACAGUAAUUACAGCGGCCACCGAUAAAACUAUCGUUGGAUCGAUUUCGUAUUUUUUUUUCUCCUCCAGGAUAUCAUCAUUUCCCCCAUUCACCGCCGACCAUUGCGUUUGCCAAAUUUGAUUUUCAGCCCAAAACUUUUGCGUCCGGAACUUUCGACCAAAACGAUGGCCAAGAGUAUACCAAAGAUAGUCCAUUUCCCGAUUUAUUCGUCCGUAACUCUGCAGUUACAUUAUUACGACGUUGCAAUUCCACACGCACCGUUUCACGCAAUGCGCAGACAUCUAUUUUUUUUUUUUUUAAACUCACUUAUCCGUUUUUAUAAUAGCAAAAUCUUUACACGAUCAAAUUUAUUGAGUAUAUUGUAAAAAAAAAAAAAUACCUUAUAAUCCUUGCUGUUGUCUCAAAAAAUUGAUAUAAUUCGAAAUAAGAUUUAUUGGAUCAUAUAAUAUUAUUGUACGCACAUAAUAUACUCAACAAGGUCGUCGUCUUAUCUAAAAAUUUGAAUUUCGUAAAAUAAAAAAUAAACCAUUCAAUGCAUGUUUAAUAUGUUUUCACUGAAGUAAAUCAAAUUGUUUCGAAGUUUUAAAAAAACGAUGACAUCGCGACGAAAAUGCAUUUCUCCGUUACUUAUUUAUGAAGUACCUAUUGUAUAUAAUUUUAAAAAUAAAGGUAAGAUAAUGGGGACGGUUGCAGCUACUGGUGUAGAUGGGAAUUCAGGAAAGUAGGAUACAGGCGGGAAUUUAAUUUACAUAUGUAAGCAACGAUAAACCAUUGCUUACGAAAAAACUAUUCUGAGCGGAGUUCAAUUGAUAGUGAUGCAUUGUCAACAAUAUAUAUGCCAUAUUUUAGUAAAAUAAUUAAAGAGGCAUUGUAUAUUUUCUUUAAUAACAUUUGAAAAUGUUGUAUCGAUUUUCCCAGUUUUCCUACGUUUUUCCUCGUUUUCCCAUAAUUUAUUCCAGUUUUUCAUAUUUGCUUGGAAAACUCCUGAGGAAAUCAAAAACCUCCUUAAAGUACAUUUCAAAACCAAUUUCGUUUCAGAAUAGGUUCGACAUUUAGAAAUCCGAGCUAGUAUUCUGGUAGAAAGGCUGUUAAGAAAAAUAAAAUAAGUAUAUUUGUAAAACCAUAAACUUCUUCGCUUCACUCAGAAUCUGAAAAUCAUGAAAUACGUUUAAUAACUUAAUGUUUUCGAAAUAUCUGAUACGAAUAUAUUUCCACCGGUAUUUACUUUUACAUUAUAUUUUGGUCACAUCUGUACGGGACUUGGCGUUUUUACCAAUUUCCCCCAUCGUUAUAACCCGUAACAAUAAAGCCAUCUUUAUUUGUUAUCUCUAUUGAUGGUUGAUUAAAAAAAAAAAAAAAAAAACUACCGGUACCUUUUGCGAAAUAUUAAUAAUAAUAAAUUCUCACGAAUAAAUGUUUGGCGAAUUAUAAUAUUUAGAAGUGUCCCAGAGAGAAUAAACCUUCCCGUGAUUCGAAAAUGUUCCGGAGUGACUUAACAAGCCCCCACCCCCGCCUAAUCUCCGCGCCUGUGUUUUUUCACUAUUUUUCGUUCGAUUGUUAAUACCAUAUUGACGGCACGAGGUCACAUUAUUUGUCGAAAGUCAAAGUUUUGGCCGUUGCAAUCAUAGACCAAUAAACUAAUGGACCGCGUGCAGGGAUAGAAAACGCCUGUGGCCAACAUUGAAUGAAGGAGACAGUGUUACGUGUUGGGAAAAACCCUCUAUCGAUUAUCUCUACACAUAAAGAACAUGUCCCGGCCGGCUGAUAUCCGUCGUAACUUAGACCAAACCACUGGAAGGGACUGGCUGAAAUUUGGCAUACAGAUAGCUAUUAUGACGUGAGCAUCCGCCGAGAAAGGAUUUUUAUAAAACGCGACCUUUAAGGGGGUAAAAUAUGGGGUUUAAGUAUUUUCGAUACGGAUAUCUAAUUGUUUAUUUUUUUAUAUGUGUUAUUCGCGGAUUACCUGCAGGGUGACACGGAUGACAACUAAGUUUUUGCGGACAAGAAAACUAUUAUCGUUCUUAUUACUAGUAUUUACACUAUUAUCUAGGAAUAGCGUAACAUUGCCGUGUCAGCUAGUAAUUUGUAAAUGAUAGUAUAGUUUUUUUAUUGUUAUGAAACCUGUCGAUUUGUAAUUCAUCGUCGAAUAUAAAUUAUUGAAAUUUAUUAUUCUACAAUUUAUCCGAUUCGUAUUGAUGUCUUUCUCUCUCUCUCUCUCUCUCUCUCUCUGUUAUACUGGAACGAUAAGACAUACAUGAUAGACGGUGAAGAAUGCACAGUCCAUUUAGUUUGUAUAGGUCUAUGGUCGCAAUAAUAUAAAAAAUAUAGUAGCCGGAAGCAACUAAAAUUCGCUUUUGUACGUGUACAUUUUUCAAUAGGGUUUAAUUUCGUCGCAAACGGUUUUUAUUCCCUCCAAAACUGGCACUAAACUAUCGAAGUUUUCAACCGAUCGAUUGUUUCCGGAAAUUCCUCGUAAUUUUGAAACGCAUUCUAAUAGUCAAAAAACCGUUUCGGGUCUAAGAUAACGGACUUCCGCUGUUUUUUUUUUUUUUUAAAUCGUUUUUAUUAUUCUUUUUUUGUCGACGUGUUUUAGGUACUACGAUUAUUGGGAAUUAUUUGAAAAAUCAUCGCUUUGGUGUUUUUUUUUAUACUGCACUCAAAAAAUACUUAAGUUACCUAUUAAAUUUCAGAUGAAUAAUGAAUGUUUCAAAUAUUAACAACGAACCUCAUUUCCUAAUCAAUAUUUACUAUUUUAAUAAUACCCUAUUUGUCCUUACAUUAUAUUAUUAUCAUUAUUAUUAUAUAUAAUGGUAUGUAUAUCACUACAUUUUUUUUUAAAAACACAAUUUACAUAAAUGAUAUUCAAAGACAAUAUCGUCCAAAUAUUGAAUGUUGAAAUUCAUAUUUCCCUCGAGUAAACUUCAAAAGUCGUUCGUGACGUGAAUUCAUUGAAUUCAAUGCAUACAAAUUUCGAAUAAAUAACUUAGAGUUAUCUUAAAAUACGGCUACAUGGUACGCUGUAAAUAAACCAAUAUAAAUAUAAUACUUACAGUGUAAUUGUAUUUACGAAAAUUAAAAUUGCAAAAUAUUAUAUUUACCUCAAAUUGAAAUUCAAUAUUUGAAGGUUAUUAAUGGAAAUUCAGAUACGACUUGGUUGAUAUUUUUUAUUAGCGCGUCUUAAUUUUUUUGUUUUUUACUUUGUGUAUCAUGUAUCGGCGCACUGUUUUUCUCGAAAACUUCAACUUGUCGAAUCGCGACGUGUUUUACGGGUGAACGUGGAACGAACAGUAUGCAAACUAAUUUUUUUUUUUUUAUUAUUAUUAUUAUACGGAAUGCAAGUUUUUCGAAACCGCCUGUAACAAUAUCGUUUUCAAAACAUUACUCGAUUACGAAUACAUUUAAAUAGUUUUUCGAAUAGACCUGCACUUUAACACUGUAAAAAAUAAUUUAUAACGAUAUUAUUUGCAGAAACUUUAAAACGACACGAUUUUUUUACAAUUAACCUUAGAUAUUUUUACUAGCACAUACAGCAAUAUCAAUUAUCAUAUAGAUAAUGUAUCAGGUCAUAUUAUAGCUUUAUGUCAUAAUUUAAUUUAGAUAAAUAGACGCUCCACGUGAGGACAAAAACCCCAGAAAAAUAUUUUCCUUUUUCGGAUACCCCUAUUAACUAUUACUACCAUUUACCCUCAUUACUUAUUCUUCUUUUUUAAUUCUUUAUCACACCAUCAGAUAUUAUUAUAUUGUCUGGCUAAUUUUUGCUCAGGACGAUGUCCGCCAUAAUAGUUUACAGUUCUAUAAUGCACUUAUUAAACCCAAUAUUGAUAGAAAAAUACAAACAAAUAACAUUUUUCUCGCUGUAUUGAAUCGAAUCUCCUUGGCGAUUAUUAUUAUAGUUUACGGAAUCAACAGCUCAACAAAGGAAAAAUCCCUUUCUAGUCUAACAUAACCUUAUAUAUUAUCUUUCCAAAUAUAUAUUCUUACCAAUGCAAUGUACAAGAUUGGCUUUUUCAUCGUGAGACACACACAUUUCUUGGAUAAAAAUAAUUCAAAUUGCAAGUUUUUCUUCAGAAAUUAUUAAACCGUUUAAGCCUUUUUUUUCAACUAUUACAGUUAUUCCUUUAAGUAUACCACCAUAAGUAAAUAUCAAUGUUAUGAGUUUAACGAAUAUUUUCCUAUAAACAUAAAACCAAUGCUUUAUCAAACAAUUAUCGCAUAGAUUGAUCUUUUUGGGUUAUUUUUUUAUUUAUUUGAUGUGCAUCUAUAUAAAUGUAUAUACAUAUUACAUUUAUACAUUUAUAUAUUUAUAUAAAGAUGAAUGCCUAUAUAUCUGUGUAAGACAAAUAGACUCAUAAACUUCCGGAGCUAUUUUUACUUGUCUUUAUGCAAAAUAUCUCGCUCUACCUGGAAAAGGAUUACGAGUAUAGCUAUUGAAAUCCACUUCAUAUUUAAUACCAUCCAACCUGAAAAUAAUUAAAACAAUUAUAUUAGAUAUUUUUAGACGUGGUGAAACAUUCGAAAGUUUCUAGAUAUUUUUAUUAAGCUAUUUAUAGGCAUUUGGCAUUGUUGACAUUUUUACAAUUUUUUUAUUUAGUUUAUGUGAAUAACAUGUUUUGGCCAAAUAUAAAUAUUUGAAAAUCAAACAAAUGGUACUUUAUAAGCUAUACACGGUGGUAAAAAAAGAAAAACAAGGUGUAGAAUUAUGUAAUAGUCUUUUAUAUGCAUUUUAAGGUCAAAUGAAAACCCUAAAAAUUACACGUUUCAAAACAAGUUUAACUGAUAACCGAACCUCGCUCGGAAUCGUAUUUUGUCGGCAAUGGUUUAUAAUAACGUACAGAUAUAAAUUCAAUAACUUUGUGUUUCCUACCUUCUCGACUUCCCGCUCACAGUGUCAUGCCAAUCAACAUAAUGAGCUAUUUUUUGUUUUGUUUGUUUUUUUUUUUUUUCGUUUAAUGGCAUCAUGCAAACAUUAUUCAUUGUAAUCGCGUCGGCGUAUCGCGACAAUUCGACGUUUAUACGGGCGAGCAAAAGUCAUCGUACUAUAAGAUUUAUUAUUAUUGCUAUUUAAUUUACAGCGUUGCCGGACGAAAUUCCGAGGAUCGAAGGACUCCGGCAGUUUUACAGCGAGGGCGACUAUUUAGAAGCAAACUGUACGGCGGUAAUGGCGUUUCCCGCGGCCCGCGUCACUUGGUACAUCAACAACGCCGAGGUCAGUAUGCACAUACAAUAAACACGUAUACAACCGUUUUCUUUUUCGGACGUUAAUGGAAAAAUUAAAAGCCAUAUAAGACCGUUUAUAUAUAUACAUACUGUUUUUUCUGGCGGAAAAAAAAACACACGUACUCACUCGCUAAACGGUAUAAAAACCUAUUUCGCGGGUGUACAAUAUGCAUCUAUAGCGUCGGGGCCAUUACCUCGGGCCCGUUUCUCAGUCUCUUUUUUUUUUUUCUUCCCCGCAGCUCACUGCUGUAUCUCUGCGUCUGUGUCUCUGCGCACAAUCCGACGCGCCGCGAUGUCCCGUACGGUCCGAAAGUUUUUCGCGUUAUAAGCUCAAUAAAACAUACCGAAUCACGGACAGGAGGGCGGGGAGAGGUGUAAUAGUUGUAGUGUUGCCGCUAUAUACGCGUGAUAGUAGUUUUAAUAACAGUUUAAAACUCGUUUGGACACUGCACGAGCCCCAGUGCAGUACACUGCACGUUUUACGUUGA